GCCCUGGGUCACGUGAGCAGCGGGAGGGCGGUUGGCUCCUCCCUCCCCAAGAUGGCGUCUUUGCUGCAAUCGGAGAGGGUUCUCUAUCUAGUUCAGGGAGAAAAGAAGGUUCGAGCCCCGCUCUCGCAGCUGUACUUCUGCCGCUAUUGUAGCGAGCUGCGGUCGUUGGAAUGUGUGUCUCACGAGGUGGACUCCCAUUAUUGUCCCAGUUGCUUAGAAAAUAUGCCAUCAGCUGAAGCCAAACUAAAAAAGAACAGAUGCGCCAAUUGCUUUGACUGUCCUGGCUGCAUGCACACCCUCUCGACUCGGGCAACAAGCAUCUCCACACAGCUUCCAGAUGACCCAGCCAAAACCACCAUGAAGAAAGCCUAUUACUUGGCCUGUGGAUUUUGUCGCUGGACGUCUAGAGAUGUGGGCAUGGCAGACAAAUCUGUAGCUAGUGGUGGUUGGCAAGAACCAGAAAAUCCUCACACUCAACGGAUGAACAAACUGAUCGAAUAUUACCAGCAGCUUGCUCAGAAAGAAAAGGUUGAACGAGAUCGCAAGAAGCUGGCACGGCGUAGAAACUAUAUGCCUCUGGCUUUUUCGGACAAAUAUGGUCUUGGAACAAGGCUUCAGCGACCACGAGCUGGUGCAUCCAUUAGUACCCUUGCUGGACUUUCCCUGAAAGAAGGAGAAGACCAGAAAGAGAUUAAGAUUGAGCCAGCCCAGGCUGUGGAUGAGGUGGAGCCUCUGCCUGAAGACUAUUACACAAGACCAGUAAAUUUAACAGAGGUGACCACUCUUCAGCAGCGCCUCCUACAGCCUGAUUUCCAGCCAAUCUGUGCUUCACAGCUUUACCCUCGCCACAAGCAUCUUCUGAUCAAACGGUCCCUGCGCUGCCGGAAAUGUGAACAUAAUUUGAGCAAGCCAGAAUUUAAUCCAACAUCUAUCAAAUUCAAAAUCCAGCUGGUUGCUGUCAAUUAUAUUCCAGAAGUGAGAAUCAUGUCAAUUCCCAACCUUCGCUACAUGAAGGAGAGCCAGGUCCUCCUGACUCUUACAAAUCCUGUGGAAAACCUCACACAUGUGACUCUGUUGGAGUGUGUGGAGGGGGACCCUGAUAAUACGUACAGCACUGCGAAGGUGGUGGUGCCUCCCAAAGAGCUCGUGUUGGCUGGCAAGGACGCCGCAGCAGAGUAUGAUGAGCUGGCAGAGCCCCAGGACUUUCAGGAUGAUCCUGACAUUAUAGCCUUUAGAAAGGCCAACAAAGUGGGCAUUUUCAUCAAAGUCACUCCACAGCGUGAGGAGGGCGAAGUGACCGUCUGCUUCAAGAUGAAGCAUGAUUUUAAAAACCUGGCAGCUCCCAUCCGCCCCAGUGAAGAAAGUGACCAGGGCAUAGAAGUCAUCUGGCUCACCCAGCACGUGGAACUCAGCUUGGGUCCGCUUCUCCCUUAAGAGCGUCCCUGGUGGGCAGAUCCCACCAGCAGCAUUAUCACCACAAACCCAUGUUAAAAUGUGGAAGCUGCUGCUUCAUUAGACCUUGUUUGUAACGCUGUACCAUGCACUACUGAAUCUUUCUCCCAGGAGUGGAGCAUAGGACAGGCACUGGGAACAGGGUAACUGCUACUCCUCUUGCAGUCUCCUCUGUUGGCACCAGUAAGUCUGUGGCUCCCUCACUCUGCCCUGCACGUUGCGUAACAGCAGCACAGUUCCAUCCCAGUGAAGGGACGGCUGUUCCUCACAGUGGUGUUAAAUUGACCACAGAGAAACAGACCAUACUGUCUCUCAAUCUGAUCUCACAAAGGAUCAGUCUGACAAACAAAACUUAAAAUGAUAACCCAAUGCUGGACCCGCUACUUGUCCAGCGCUGGUGUCAGUGUAGCGACUGCUUUCUGCCUUCCAUUCACUGUGGUUGCGCAGUCUAAAACAUAUCCCUUCACUUGCCCUCACGGCUCUCACUUUGCCACAGAUUUCCGUAUAGCAGGAAGAUAGCAGUCAUACUGUCUUUCGUUUUGUGAUGAUUAAAAAAAACCUGUGUAAUUCUUAA